AUGCAAGUCUCCCAGUCGAAAAUCUGCAAUGAGCAACAACCACCCUCAUCCCUCUCUGCUGGGGUGAGUCCGCUCACUCUGGCAGUCUGGAAUAUUCGUUCCCUCUUAAACAAUCCAGGGAGCAACCAACCGGAACGGAGGACAGCGCUAAUGCCCCGGGAACUGGCGCGCUACACGGUGGACAUCGCCGCUCCCAAGGAGACUCGCUUCUCCGAACAAGGCCAACUGGUGGAGGUAGAUGCACGCUACACCUGGAGCGGCCGCCCCAUGGCAGAGCGAUGA